GCUCGUAUUGUUAAUAGAAGCUUCAGCAUUUUAGCUCAUUGAAAGUGCCAGUGAUGGAAUUGCUCAGCGAUGCUGGCAGGCUGGAAGUUUCUCAGUAUUCGUAUGUUUUAUUACCGUUAAACAACCAGCACAGUCAUGUUGAUUGUCUUCUUACAGCUGAUGGAAAAGAUUAUCUGUUGCAUCUAGGCUUUCCUAAUUAUCCAUCAUUGGAGGGAUGUACCAUUAAUUUGAGCUAUGAUUUGAAGUGCAUUAUUUUGAACAAAAAAGGUUUUGAAGAACAAAUGCUUCAAAGAUUUAACAGUGUUGAAGAAUUAAUUGAAAAAUUAGGCAUCUUAAUUAAAGACCAUCACAAAACAAACCUGUUGUGCAGCAACACAGAGAAACCAAGUGUGGCUACCAACUAUUCAAAGAUUUUGGCUGAUAUAGAUGCAAUAGGCUGGGAAAAACUUUCUAGUGUCAAUCAUGAUUUUACUGAACUGAAGCUGAAAAUGUAUGAUUCCUUGAAUCACCAACACAUUUUGAAUGUCAAAUUUAACAACAAUGUGCCAGAGUUCUCUGCUGAAUAUCCCAGAAAUAUCAGCAUUGAAUGGCAAGAGGACAGUAGUACCUUAAGUGAAAUGUACAGCUUAUUUUGCCAAGAAGCAGAACAAUAUCAAGAUUUCUGGAAAGCCAUGGAAGAGCUAGAUGCUGGGUGCUGGGUUUUGGAACCCGAAAAUCCUUCAAGACGCGAUACCUACAGGAAAAUAUCUAUUGCUCCCAAUGUUUCCUUGAAAGUUGAAGUAGAUCCAAACCACCCAUAUGUUUUCCCUUCUAUUACUUGGCUUGGAUCUGAAACGGCCGUCUCAAAACUUAGGGAACAAAUUUUGGAUCGAAUUGAGGUGUGGGAUAAUGACUUGCCAAUUAACACCAAUCUAGAAAGGCUACUCGAAAUUUCUCUGCCAUUAAAACAAACGCUUGAUAUGGGCACUGAAAAUUCUGAGGUAACAUGUUGUAUUUGCUACUCCGAGCGCUUAAAUGGCGAAGUGCCGUCGCGAACUUGUGACAAUCCGAACUGUGGUCAAUCGUUCCACAUCUUUUGCUUGUACGAGUGGUUGCGAUCUUUGAUACAAACAACAAGAAAGCAAGGGAACAAAGUCUUUGGAGAAUGCCCGCUUUGCGAACAACCUAUUUCAUGCAAUCCACCUGCUAGCUAAAGUGCCCAAAAGGAAAAUUGGCGGUUUCAUUCAGUGAGUCGUCAUUGCACUAAUGCAACCGAUGGUUUAAAUAAAAUUCUAAAAAUAUUACCGUGUGAUACCUGGUGUGCCUCACAAGCCAAAAACCCCAGCGUCUUGUAAAAUGCUUAUAUAAACUAUUUUAAUUUUC